AUGCACCAGGAGCAUAACCUUCCCUGGAACACCAUCGCUUCCCAUCUAGAAUUCGUUUAUGACAACCCACAUCGUACCCCACGCAAAACAGGCCUCUUUGCUAAAAGGGUGACCAGCGCUACACAAGAAAAAGACAUGAAUUAUUUUUCGAGAAACUUGACCUCUACAAUUUCAAGAUUCUCGCACACAGAGAGAGGAAAGUAUCCCAUGCGGGCAUAUACCACACUGCCCAUGUCAGGCAACCUAUUUCCAGACGAAAUGUGCGAGAGAUAUCCCGACUAUCUCAACAAGGAAAACCAAAAAAUUGAAAACUGGAUAGGGCUUGUGAUCCGGGAUGAUCAGUCCAUCCCGCUGACGCUCCACUACAAUACAAGGCAUGCAAAUCUGGCCGAAGCCGUUAAAAUUUUGAUAUCCGACAACCAUCUUGCACCUCUCCUAAUGCUCGCCCAACAUCCCCUCAUUCCCCUUCAUUCGCUCUGCUAUCUCAGUUGGGGACAUCACUUCGGCUUUUUACGCGUCAUGGAAGCUGCUUUGCGCGCAUAUCUAUUUCUCAACGUUCACGCUGCGGUGGGAUCGUUGAACAAUGGGAAUUAUAUGCACUCUCACAAGAAUACCCGUCGAUGUUGUAUGAAUUGA